AUGCCAGAAGAAAAAAAGACAUUUGCAGAGUACACGCUUGACACCUCGCUUGUUGAGGCACUUGCUAAAAAGGGAAUUACCCAGCCAACAGAGAUACAGAAGCUCAUGCUCACCAAUCUAGUCAACAGGCAGAGUAUCUUGGCAAUAUCAAACACAGGAACAGGGAAAACACUAGCAUAUUUGCUGCCUAUUAUGCACACUUUGUUGCAGGACGACAAAUACUUCUAUGCUAUGGUUAUUCUUCCAACAAGAGAGUUAUCACAGCAGGUGCAUGCCGUUCUCGCGGAUAUUGGGGCAGAGAUAGGUCUUCGUACUAGCCUGCUUAUAGGAGCAACGGAUCUGCUUAGCCAAGGGAAAAGUCUGGCAGCCAGGCCGCAUAUUGUCAUUGGUACUCCAGGAAGAAUUAACCACCACCUGCGGAACACCAAAGGAAUAUCUGUCUCCUCGUUCAAAUAUCUUGUGUUAGAUGAAUGCGACAGGCUUUUAGACAACGACUUUGAUGGGGACAUAAACAACAUACUGGAGAUGAUAUCCCCAAAGUACACAUUCCUUUUCAGUGCCACCUUAACAAAACGUGUUAAUGCCUUUAAGGAAAAGAGAAUGAAUAAUCCUUUGCUGUACAACGUGCAGAAAGAUGAAGGUAUUCCAGAGAACAUCUUGCAGCAAUACAUCUAUCUUCCGCAGAAGUAUAAGGAGAUGUACUUAUACAGUAUUGUGCACAACCUUGGGUCUAGAAAGUGCAUUGUUUUUGUUAAGACGUGCAUCACGGCAGAGAGAAUAGAAAGAAUCCUUCGAUUCCUUGGAGAGUCUGUCUGCAGCAUCCAUGGAAACAAAACUCAGGAUAUCAGGACUGAAACGAUAGAGAUGUUUAGGAGAGGAAAGCACUCAAUUCUUAUAUCAACUGACGUAGUAGCUAGAGGAAUGGAUAUGGAUGGCAUCAAAGUCAUUAUAAACUAUGAUAUGCCAGAUGGCCACAAGGAAUACAUUCACAGAAUUGGGCGCACAGGGCGUGCAGGUGAAGUAGGGAGCUCUAUUACACUUGUUACGCAGUAUGAUGUGGAUGAUUUUAGAAAGCUAGAGGUCAAGCUGAACAAGAAAAUGGAUGAAUAUUCUGUGUCAAGUGAGCUGAUAUACAGCCUAGUUGAUAGUGUUGAUCAGGCCAAACGAGAGGCUGCUAUGGAUAUGAAGGAAGAAGGCGUGGGAAAGAAGAUCAAAGAGUUUAAAAAGGGAAAACAGGGAACGAAAUCUGCAAAGAAGGAUCAUGGAAGAGACCGAAAGUCAAAAUCAAAGUAA